AUGAGCUGUUUUUUCAGCGAUUUCGCACGAUAUACGGGACUGUCGCUAUGGUUGGUGAACAGCUGGCGCUUGUUCAAUCUGCUACGACAGUACAGUGGUGAAAAAGCUGAACCGCUUACAGGAGUGGACAGCGGCCAACACGAAAAGCAGAACAGCCAUCGUUUACAGUCGUUUGAUAUAACGCCAAUUCGGGAACAGCUCCGAUUGCGAGUUGAGGAAUGUUAUCAGAAUCUCAUGAAACGGCGGACAUCGAGCCAUAUGAGUCCGAAAAGUUGUGUAAUGCCCGGUAUAUUACAACACGAAACUGCGAGCGAUGUGCUCGGUGUCACCGUGAAUGGCCGACAGCCUGCUCGAGAAGGCCACCGUGAAGCACCGAAAAGAGGCCUGGACGAUCUUAUGGACUUUUUGAACUUCGUACAUGCAAAGUUAGACAGUGUACGUGCUGACAGUCGAAAGGAACUCUGUAAUUUCGAAAAAGCUGUCCAAAUCAAGCACAACGUCACAGAAAUCCAAACGUGGUUAUUUUCCAAGGGCUUGGGAGCAUAUCGUGAACUCCUUGAUCCACUCGUACAGGCUUGCCAUCUACUUCAGAGUCGUAAGGACGAGUCCAAUAUAGACACAUUGUGUGGAGAGAUGACAAGCAAGCUGAAACCUAGACAAGUGGGUUUUUUAAUUUUUCAGUAA